ACACACACACACAUGGCAAUGAAAAAUCAUUUAACGUUUCCAGGUGCUGAGCCCUACAGUCUGUUAAAAAUUCUGGAGGGCCUCCAGGCAGAGCCACAGAACUACCCUUCACCCCUGUACUCAUUCUCCCUCUGCAUGGAGAUCAACAACCGCGUCUUCAGCGACGCUCUCCUCAACUCAAGCUCACAGCAGUACAAGCACAUGUAUGCAGAGGUUGCUGGAGCUCUGGACAUCGCCUUUAACUGCUCUGACUGUGACACAAGAGAAACCUACAGAGGAGUGACAAACAUACAGUUCAGUAACGGGUCUGUGAUCGCGAAUUGUACGCUCCAGUUCCAGACCGUUUUUAUCAACCAUGUUGUGAUCAAGCAUUUGUUCCUGAGGGCCAUAGAUAAUAAAACUCACGUGAACAGUCUUGCAGUCAACAGACAGUACACAGCGGAAAUAGUCACACCUGCCUGGCUUUUUCCAAAGUCAACCACUUUUGCAGAAUCUAGUUCCGAGGGUCUUCCUUGGUGGGCCAUUUUAUUGCUAGUGCUGGCAUGCAUCAUCAUACUGCUGCUCUUCAUCCUCUUACUACUGUUAUGCUUUUGGUGCUGUAGGAGAAAAGAAAAACGGGAAGAAACACAAACCGUUGCUCCGUAUGAGAGAACGUCUUUCAAAGAACAUCUUGCCAAACCCACAUAUCUGUCACACACACCUGAGAGGAGCCCCAACUACCAGAGCUUAGGAGAACCAGAAGCACAACAUGGCAACCGAUCCGGGAUGUACAUGACGAAUCCUCAGAGAUGAAAACCACAACACUGCUAUAAGAGAGAGGCAUGGAGUAACUGAUGCUAUGAAGGUCAGGAUGGUAACGUGGCUUCUCUCAUAGAAGAUGCUGGUUUCCUCAGCAAGUUUCUAAAAAUGUGGAUUGUCAUCAUUACCAUGUGUAAUCUAAGUAUUAUACUCAACUGGACAGACAAUUAUUUAUUUCUGUACUAUUUAUGAAACACAGAUAUGGGCAUUUGGGUCUGUGAACUUUUGCUUCUCUUACUCUAUUUCAGUGUAACAUAAGACCGGGUCUAGUUGUCACACUUUAUACUCCACUAAAUAUUUGCCAGGUUAGGUUUAUUCUCAAGAAAGCCUUUGAACGUUUGCACUGUUUCAAAAAUAUUUCAUUUAAAGUGUACUUUAUGAUAUUCAGUGGUGUGAAUGUGAAAUUUCAGACAGUAAAACAAUUAUAAAACAGAAUCAUUAAAAAAUAAAAAAAAAUAAAAAAAAUCAAACAGUCAAGACAUAUUAAAUAUCAAAACAAUGUUUUGAUCAACAGGAUUUGCAUGUGUGACUACGUGUGACAUCUUGCCCCGGUCUCUUUUACUGUAUAUCUUAGGCUACAGAAGAAGAGAAGGUCUCUUAAAUGGAAAGAUUUUAUUUUUGAUACUGUAUGUGGGGUUUGGUAUCUCCAGAUUACAAAUUCAUAAAUUUCUUUUGAUUUGUAAUUUGCAUUUGUGUUAUUUGUAUGGUCAUUUACACUUAUUUACACACUUUCUGUGGGUAGAGCUGAUGUAUUCCACGCACAAUACUUCAG